CUGUUUUCUUGGCUUAUAUAUCUUAUCCUGUAGUUGGAAUCUUCAUUCUUCUAGUUUGCAACGUGUAUUUUAUAUAUUGUGAUCCUGUGAUUGCUGAUUAUUUCAAGACUAAAUUUGCUAUCUACUAGCUUCUUGUUAGAUCAGUCACUGUUAUUAUUAGGUUUUACAUAUUAUCUUAAAUUGUUGCAUUAGGCUUCAUGACCAAGAAACCAGAAAUUACAAAGAGAGAUAAAGGAGUUACCAUCAUAAUAUGUAAAACCUAAUUUGGACGUUGAUGAUCAGGGGAUUCCUCCUAUAAGAAAUGUCAGAUUUAAAAAAUUGCUGAUAUGAUUCUGCAUUCAGGAAACUGAUUAUGCAUUUCUGAAAGAAGCCAUAAGCCAGCCUCCUACUACUUGAAUCAUGGAUGAAGCUCAAAGAUUAUCAACUGUAGAUAUCAUCAGAAUUGCAAGAGCACAUUUCACCAGAUUUUCUUUCCAUGACAGUGUUGAUAUUAGUAUGCUUAAUAGCUUCUUCAGCAGUCCUGGAUCUGGUCUCUCAGAGAAGGAGAUCAAAGAUGUGGAGCUUGCAGUUCUUCUACUAGCUUCUGCUGAGAAGUUUAGCGACCAACAUUUUGACCAGGCAAGCAGAAUCCUUAAUUUGUGUGAUUUCUUGUCUCCAAAUAAUGGAAGUUCUGUCCAGAGAAUGGUUUACUAUUUUGGUAAAGCUCUUCGUGAGAAGAUUGAUAGAGAAACUGGAGCUACUAAAUCAAAGAUCAGAGAAAGCAAAACAGCAGAGCAGUUACUCUCAGAUGAAAUGACACACAUGAAAGAUAUCAAUGAAGAUAUGUUUGAGAUAGAAGAUGGUCAAGUUGUCACCGUCUACUCUUGGGUGUUUCUAAGACACAUUGUAGGACAGCCUGAUUCCUUGGAAUCUCUUAUAGGAGUUCUAAAGAACUUAAAUCCAUGUGUUAUGGUGGUAACAGAAUGUGAGAGUGAUCCAAUAAGGAUUGCUUAUGAAUCAACAUACUUUGGUCGAGAUAUACAAAAUAUUGUUGUCACUGAUGAUGACAAUAGGCAGCCAGUGUUGCCAAACGAUUUGAUGUUUUCUUUUUUUUUGGUUUCUGCUUGGAAAUUCAAAGAACACAAAGCUCCAAGGCCAAGUUGCAGUGGAAAAGGGAAAUCUGUCAGGAAGUAGACCUUGUACCAUUUUCAUGUUACCAUUUGUAUUGAAACAGCCAUCGUCCAAAUUCUGUAUCAAGUUUGUUCCUUUUCUGUUCAAACAUUGAUUAUGUUCCUUUCGUUAAGUGAAAGUAUGAACCAAUUCUUAAUUAAAUAGACUUUGUACCAGUUUUGCUGAAGCGUUAAAUAUCCCAUUUUCAUUCAAAGUUGCUGUUAUGACACACAUGAAAGAGAUUAGUGAAGAUAUCUUUGAGUUAUAUGAUGAUGAGAUAAAGAUGUUUUUCAAUAGACAACGCAUGUCUCUCAGGAAGUAAACCCUUUAACUUCUUGUAAGUGUCUCUAUUGGUAUUGACUUGUCCAUCAUCUGAAUCUUGUAUCACUGUUUGUUCUCUUUCUUUUGAAACAUUUGAUUGUGUUCAAUUAGUGAGAUUUCAACUUCUUGUAAGAUGCUACAAAAUGGAAUAGACAGGCAGAACUUGCCUGUUUUGCUGAGGCCUUAAAUAUACCCAUUUCAUUAGA